AGAGAGAGCAUGAAGUGUUUGAUUACUACUUAUUGAUCAGCAAUGGAAUCAUUCGUAAGAAGGUACCUUGAUAAGCAGAAGAGGAGGGCCAGCGUUAGUGACAUUUGCCCACCCCCACUGCUACCACUGACCAGGGAUGAUAUCAAGCCAGGGACAGAAAAUGACAGGCUUGGACUAGUGAGAGACACCAUGUUUCAGAACCACCUCAUUCUAAAACCAGAGCUAGGAAGGACCCUCAGAAGGUGUGCAAAGAUUCCUGGUUCAGAUUUUGUGUAUGGAUUAACUCUACGCGGGACCGACGGAGGAAUGCCUGAAGCAAUAGGGAACUGGCGGGUAAUGACACCCACUGUCACCAAAAAGAAGGAGAAGCCAAAGGACUACCUAGUCAUGAACUAUAGAGGAAUAAAAGCUGGUCUUUUCACAGCAAAGGAACACUACCUGUAUCGCCAACACCAUGAUGUGCGUCGCAAAGGAGCUGAUGGGGAUAGGUUCCCAAGGGAUCCACCUCGCCUUCCCGAUGCCAUGACCUAUGGGAGGCCCUAUCGUCCUUCCACCCCCUUCAUAGACGUCUUUCAACAUAAGUUUGGGGACCAAUGGGUGGAGGAGAACCGAAAAAACUGUGUAUAUGUUAAAGAAAACAAGCAUAAGAAAAGGCGAGGAAAGAUAUAUGAUACACGGGCUGUCAUGCUGAGGAAAUAUCAAAUGCCAGUAAAGAAAGAUCCUCUGUGGAUCAUGCCACAAUUUCGGAAAAUUGCUCCCCAUCUUAACACCUUUCCAAGUCUAGAAGAUCGAGUGAAGGCUUUCAAAGCCAAGGAAAUGGAAGCUCCAGUUCGACAUGGCCAGCUAGCUCAGGGCAUUUAUACACAUUUGUAGGAUUCAGCUUUUAUCAAUAUGCAACCUCUUUGUAUGUCUCAAAAGUAACACAUGCUAUGUUAUGAUUAAAAAAAGAAAGGUUGUGACUUGUUCUUGCUACUGACAAUACAGUAUUAAAAUGAAGUUUCCAGCAAGAA